AUGGCUGGGUUUCUAGUGCCACCUUGGUACAAGGAGGAGGUCGUCACCAAUCUGCACAUGAACAUUGCCAGUAUCUUCUGGGGAUUGUGCUUCGGUGUGGCCAUAUUUACAGCUGCCAAGGCCAGCAAGCAGACCGCGAGCUCCUGGUCACGAGCUCGGAGGGUCACGGCGUACGUUUGGAUGAUCUGGGGAGAGUGGAUCGCUUGUAUAAUCAUCAGUGUCCUCACCUGGCUGUACAUACUAACAUCCUUUGACCCACUCAGUUUCUGGAUCUGGUUCUUCAUCAUUGUAUGCUGGUGCUUCCAGACUCAGCUACUCGUGCAAAUUAUCAUCAAUCGCCUGUCUCUCCUAAUGGUAAACCGAGAAAAGGCUUCCAGGCUUAAGUGGGGAGCCUUUGUAAUCCUGACUUUUAUCAACAUCACAGUUGGCAUUGUCUGGAUUCCCAACCGACUACAGAUUUCCGAGACUUGGAUCCGCAUCGAUGCUAUAUGGGAUCGCAUAGAGAAGGUCAUUUUUCUGCUUGUUGAUGCCUCUCUCAAUAUCUACUUCAUUUAUCUGGUUCGAACACGGUUAAUUUCCAACGGAUUGACGAAGUACAACACUCUCUUCGCCGUCAACAUUGCCAUGAUCAUAAUCUCGAUAUCCAUGGAUGUCGUCUUAAUUGGGCUCAUGUCUCUUCCAGUUGCUGUGGUAUAUCUUGAGUUCCAAUGCUUCGCCUACCUCACGAAGCUCUACAUCGAGAUGAACAUGGCCGAACUGAUUAAGAAGGUCGUCCGUGCCACUCAA